AGACGGCUAAAGCCCGAGCAACUUGGCUGCUGCUGCUGAAGCACGGGCAAGUCACCGGCAAGGCUACCUGGAUUUUACAGAGCAGAGGCGGCAGAGUGGCGAUGCGGAAUUAGGUGGCCGUUUCUUUUCCCGGGGCAAGCAGCGGAGAGAACGGGGAUUGCAAUUUAACUCACACGACAUUUUGUUUAAAAAAAAAGCAACAAAACAAAAAUAAUUUCAUAAUUUCUUCUUCAUAUUGCUCCGCUUUUUGCAUUAUUUAUUAUCUUCAGAUCUGUACAGGGUUUUUUUUUUCCAGGAGCGCGCGCUGGUCACGGAUCUGAAGAGUUGUUGACGUUGUUGUUGUUUUCACAGAUUUUCUUUUUUUUUUUUUUUUUUGAGAAAAGUGGGUGCUGGUUCGGUUAUCAUCACGGGAUCAAAUUCUCUUUCUUGAGAGAAACAAAAAUGGACGUGUUGGCGAAUUACAGUAUCUUUCAGGAACUUCAGCUGGUCCACGACACAGGCUACUUCUCGGCGAUGCCGUCGCUGGAGGAGAACUGGCAGCAGACAUGUCUGGAGCUGGAGCGGUAUCUACAGACAGAGCCUAAGCGACUGUCCGACCUCUUCGAUGAGGAUCUGGACUGCCUGUUGACACCAGGUUUCAUGAAGGGGGACAGUGACGAGGACCUGAUGGAUCCACUGCUUCCCAGCUUGUCAGACCAACCCAGUCCGCCGCCGCUGCUCGUGUCUCUGCCCAAAAACCUCCACACUCCAGCCAGUGGUAAGACCAUUGAGGCAGGAGUGAAAGAGGGUAAUGGGGGCGUCCACCCAGCACAACUGAGUGCCGUCACCUCACUAACGCCACCCUCCUCACCAGAACUGGGCCGGCACCUGGUCAAGCCAACGCAGACCCUCACCGCCACGCCUGACGGCACACUGACGCUCAAGUUGGUGGCAAAGAAAGUGGGGCUGGCUACUGCCAAAUUGGUGGCGACACAGUCAUUGCCUUCACCACCGGCCCGGGGAGCACAGAGCGACGGAGAAGGAGGCUUGGGAUCAGCAGGAAUUAGUGACAUCCCAGAGAACAAGAAGAGGGUCCAUCGCUGCCAGUUCAAUGGCUGCAGGAAGGUUUACACAAAGAGUUCCCACUUGAAGGCACACCAGAGGACACACACAGGUGAGAAGCCGUACAAAUGCUCCUGGGAAGGCUGCGAGUGGCGCUUUGCCCGCAGCGACGAGCUGACUAGGCACUACCGCAAGCACACCGGCGCCAAGCCCUUCAAGUGUAACCACUGCGACAGGUGUUUCUCUAGGUCUGACCAUUUGGCUCUGCACAUGAAGAGGCACAUCUGAGUCGAGGAGAGAAGGGAAAUGAGAGUGAAGGAGAAGGGGAGAGAGAAAGAGAGAGAGAGAGAAGGGGGAGAGGGAAAGAACGUCUAAAGAGAAGUUUUUUUGCCCCGUCCAGAGAUGAAGACUCCUGUGGAGACCUCAGUGAGAACCAAGCCUGAAGGAGGCUUUUAUACAAAGAAUAACACAAGGCAACGAGAAUAUAAGAGCAGAGCUUGCUGGAUUCUUCACUUCUUGACAGUUUUCAAAAACAAAACAAAACAAAAACAAACAAAAAAAAAAUAAGUAAUCAUGCCAUUUUCUCAUUUUUUUUAAAUCAGUUACUUAGCUCAAGCUACUAGCUUGGGAAUCAGACACUGCCAAGCGAUAGCUGUUUUUCCGCACUGUUGCUCUUCUUUGUACAGUAAAUCAUAAGUACGGGACAGAAACCCUGUGAACACUGCAUCGCUCACAUCACAUUUAAUCCGAAAACAACACUUCAGCUCUAGAAAUGUACCUGUGCUCUCAAGUUACACAGACAACACCUUCUGGGGGAAAAAAAAAUAAUAAUGACUUCCUUCUUCUUCCGUCUGCACCAAGGACUCAUAAUAAAAACCGAACUGCAGGUUCAUACCAUGUACAGCAAGCUGCCACUUUGGAGGAUGACGUUGCCAAACAUUCUGGACAGUGACCAAUGGAGCUAGUGGCCAAAAGCAAGUCCCUUGAAGGAGCCCCUGCGCUGACCUCCUCUGCUCUUCGCUUCAGAGCGUGCUCCUCUCUUCAUGCCUGUCACCUCGCAGGCAUCUGAAACAAUGCGCAGCGACACUUUCUUGCCUUUAGUUUUUUUUUUUUUUUUUUAUUUUCUAAAGACAGUGUUACAAAACAGAAGAUUGUUUCUGAACUGAGAUGUCUUAAAACUCCAAAAAAAAAAAAAAAAAAAAAGAACUUUUGUUUUUGCUUACAUGAGCGUGAAUGUGCACAUACUGGCACAGGGUUUGGGGGGGAGAGGGUGUUGGGGGGGGUUGAGUACAGCGUAUGCGUGAACGGUUCAGUUCAGUGGUGCCUAUCUUAGCACUGACAGCGAGGAGUUUGAAGAACGCAAGGAAGAGUAUAUGAAGCCCGAAAGGACGUGAGCCGCUGACUCCUAAAGCUGGGCCCUAUGGUUUUUUUUUCAUUUCACUCCGUUCUGAUUUGAUGCAGACUGUUACGGAAACCGGGCGUCUGCACGGACACACGCGUGAUGCUUAUUAUAUUAACACUGGAAAUGUUCGCUGGCUUCAUGCUGAGACUGGAUCCCAUAUUAGAGCUCAAACCCUGCGCAAGGGAGAAGGGGCUUAUGGGAGACCAGCUCCUGGAGAGGACGCGGAGGAAAGCAGGCAGGUGAUGUGACUCUGGGACUAGAGACGCCUGCUGGCAUCAGGAUUUUAAAAAAAAAAAACAAAAAAACAUGAAAAGGAACCCGGUGGCAUCGCGCCAGGCGAACUUUGCCUGCCUGUUUCGUAUCCAUUGUCUGCACUGACUUUUUUUCAACGUUCUCUGUGCUUUUUUUCAUACAGACAAAAAGGGGGGGGGAAAACGGGGGAAAAAAAAACAAGAAAACUAUUAUGAGAAAAAAAUGAAAAAAUGAAUCUCUCUCACAUAGACACGCGCACGCAACAAAAACACACAGAAUGGUUUUAUUAGCUCAUGGCUCUUUUUUUCAGAGAUAAAGCUGAAAAUAAUCAAGGGAAAAACAAUUAUCAUGUUAAUGAAUGAAUUAGAAACAAAACACUGCAUGGCAGCCUCUCUCAAACAUACACACUUGUGCACACAGAUUGCUUCCCGGAAUUUUUUUAUUUAUUUUUUUUCCCUUUUUUUUUCCUUUCUUGUUUUUUUUUUUUUUUUUUGUUCUAUUCCAAUAUCUUCAAAGUAGGGUUUUUAUCCAUUGUUGUUUUGGAGUAGGAUUUCUUUCUGCCUGAAGUCAGGCUUUGAAGUCAGAUGAUGAGAGCUCAUUCACAUGUCCUAGCUAUUUUGCCGAACUAGGCCUAGGAUGAGCUCUAGCAUAACAAUCAGCUUCUAAAUAAUUGUGAAUGAGGUUAUAAUCGUUGUUCCCAAGGUUGCAAAGUCUAGCAGGAUGUUGGCCCACUGAACCCCUCUCCUCGCUUUAGUUGAUGAGGGUGGAGGGGGAGAAUCAAAGCCAUGAUUGUAACUUUUGAGCUGUAACGUUAAGGUCAUCGGCGUUCAGGGCAACAAUACAACCAGACUGAUACCAAAAACAUGGCGCACAUCUGCUUAACACUGCUCUCAGAACAAGGCCUGCUCCUUCUUCACUAAUACACAUGAAAACAACACAAAGACGUAACAGUCUGCUCAGUCUGCUUGAAUUAUUAUUAUUUUUAUUUAUUUUUUAUUUUAUUUUCAUGCUUAAGGUUCUUGGUUUGACUUCAUGGGUUGAGAUGCAAAGGAAGCCCCAAUCAGUGGAGGAUCAAGACUAUUUGAUAUCGCCAACACUUUUUUUUUUUUUUUUUUAAUAAAUGUACAAUCAGUUUGAGAAAGUAUCACUUUCCUCUAGACACGGCAUCUAUCCAACGAUCCGAGCAAAGCAGGACACAUUCCAACCCGAGCAUCGAUUAUAAGAGUCAUAUUUAGCAUUGUGAGUAACACUAGUCGUAGGUCAUCAAGGUUUCUGCUGCGCUCUGCGUUGGUUGCAUCAGCCAAUAAACAAUGGGAUCAAAUUCAGUUCAUUCUGACACACAUCUAAAAGAUAUGACCAACCCUCAUUUCAGUGUAGUCAUAGAAACCAGCAUGAUUUCAUCCAGCUUUUAAGAUGCUCACAUGACUCAAACCUGAGCUUUCCUGUAUUACACUUUGAGAAUCCGAAAACAAACGUCACAGUUCUUUCUGUCUAAGGAACAGCAAAGGAGUCGGGGGGGGGGGGGGGGGGGAUAAUGAAUAAAACAUUUCAGUCACUUCCAUAUUCCGACCUGUAAAUUGCCAUUGUAAAUGCAAGACUACAACUGAAGAACUAUUUUUUUGCAUAGAAAUAUUAUAAAGUUCCAGAACCUACCAAAUGAUAAUGAAAAUAAAGGCCCGUCCAUUAAAAUAGCAAUCAGCAUGCUCUAGACAUCGCCUGUGCUCUUUGAGUUUUGAUCACCCCCUUACCCCACCCCACCCCCCUUUCCUCUCUCCACACUCCAAACGACAGCAGUGAUCAAUGCACAAUCAACUACAGCAGGAACAUCAAAUGCACACUUUGCCCAAAGAUUUAUGCGUCUGCAAGCAAACUGCUGAGUGUUCAAAAAAAAAAAAAAAAAAGAGAGAGGGAGAACAAUGAUUUUUAUUGUUUUUAACCCUCAUUAAUACCACUUAUCAGAUGCUGUCCCCUAACCUCCUCCCUAAAUCAGCUGAAUCGCAUUAAACUUUUAUUUAUUUAUUUUUUCCUGAACAUCAGUGUGUGGCCAUUGUCAUGGUCUUGGGUAUGUGUGCUUGUAAUAUAGUCAUUUAGUGAUUUUUCUCUUUCUUUUUCUCUCCAAGUAGCAGUGCCGUAACAGCGAAAUAGUCGCAUUGGUUUUAGUACCUUGCAUAUUAUACAGUGGAGUUUACAGUUUCUUAAGGAUGUCUAAGGUCAAAGGAGUCUUCAGGAACACGAGAAAUGCCUGUUGCAAUAUAAUCCCAAACCGAUGAAAUGGAGCGAGUGGAUUGCUUAAGAAUUUGUUCUUAUUGGCUGGUGUUUUUCCUUUCGCUUCCAAAGCUUGAUUAUUUGGACGAAAAAUCCACUACAAAAUUUUGCUUAUAGGGUAUUUUUUUUUUAAAUAGGUUAAUUAUGCAUCUAAGGCAGGAGUUCUCAAACUGUUUGCAGCCAUAGAAAUAACUAUUGACUAUUAAGGUCCCGAUUAGUAGUACGGAUUCGGUUUUUAUGAACUAUUCAAAUAUUAGGCUCAUUAUUUAAAUGAGUACUCUUUAUUGGAGCUUUUUUAUUCCUGAAUUAAGGUCCAUGAUGAAAUUUGUAGACCUAUUUUGGAGAUUUUGGAUUAAAGCCAUUUAAUUUAAGAGACCUCAAGUCAUGAGGACAACUUUGAUAAUGGUCCAUUGUGAUUUCCACCGGUGUAACAAAGUAAAUAAUAAUAAUAAUAAUAAUAAUCUCAGACCCCCUGGCUGUUCUUCUCGAACGAUACUUUGAGAACCCCUGAUCUCCAGUACCUUCCAGUGAAAUAACUGCCCUUCCGUUAUAUUUCGGCUUAAAAUAAGGUGUUUGUGUAACAAGAGAACACCUGAAGCAGAGGGAUUUUAUGAACAGGCAAACGGUUCCGCUUGACUCUAGCGCCUCUUACAAGAUUGUAGGUGUUGCAGUUCUUUAGUUUAUUAAAACAUAAGCAUUUCAAUACAAAAACAUGCGCACUUCAUGUGUAUUCCUAGUGUAGUCUGUUAUUUCGCACCACUGUCGAUUGUCCACAUAACAUAAUGUUGUGAGAUUUCAAGAUGCACCUGUCACAAGAGCACGUGAGCCAUGGCCGAAUAGUAAAAUCACACUGAAUGUGACAUUUUAGUCUCUUCAGUCUGCUGUGUCAGGCUGGAUCAGUUCUGGCAUAUUAGAAGGGUCAGUAGUCAGUACAGUAUGUGUCAUCAAGGCAGGUCCAGUUUGAUACGUGUGGAUGAAUUCGUCCUGCUCAUGUCUUGUGAUGUUUAGUGCAUCUUGGACUCUAUCCGCUGUGCUUGUCUAAAGUCUGUGUCAGUAUAUACCGGAUUCACCAGUACUUUCCUUUCCUCUUGCUAUAUAUAAAUAUAUAUAUAUAUAUAUCUCCUCCCCUCACUCAUUCUGUCCCCUCACGUUUGUCCCACCCUGCGUCAGCAGGACGGCCGCUAGCUGCUCCCAGAUCACAUCCCGGUCCUCAAUCUGCUGCAUUCAGACCACUAUAUUUCUACCCUUGCUUGUGUUUCCAGCAGCAAAAUCUAAACGUCGCAGGCAGUCAAUAACCAGGGAGCGAGCCACCCAACGACAGACCUCAGCUGAAACGCAGUUCCUCGAAUAGGUGCUUUUCUUUUACGGCCGCUUCCUCUGCCAUGGCCGGCCACGACAGCUUAGCGCAGGUUGUGUAAGAACAAAAGGGAAUACAGAGUACGCCAUCACUCGGACACAUCCACAGUGGCACGACAAAACUCACACCACUUGUACAGCACGUUUCUCGCUAGAGCAGGGCCCCGCCCCCACCCCCAGCCACGUUCAUCAUCGUAACCGUUAUCCUCACUUGUCCACACCACACCCACUCUACCCAUCAACCCCCUUCAAUUCCUGCUACCUUCGUGCUCACUUCCUCUCCGUUUUUUUUUUGUUUGUUUGUUUGGUUGGUUUUUUCUAAUCUGUUCCUUCUGGGGUUUUUUUGUUUUGUUUUGUUUUUUGUUGUUCAUUUCUUUUUUUCGAUUUUCUCCUUUUUAUUUGCUGUACAAAGUGUUUAAAAUAUUAUUUGUAUGAUAUAAUGUUAGUAUGGUAAUGUUCUUUAUUAAGGAAGAAGAUGAAAUUUAUUUUUGUUACUGGUCUGUUUCAUAAUUCUUUUUUAAAUUGGUAUUGUAAGAUAUCUAUGCAAGAACUGUUCAGUGGAGCGUUUUUAUUUAAGAAUGUAAUAUGUGUAAUAAAUGGUAGAAUCUGA